AUGGCGGACAAGGUACCGGACACCGAGUCGCCUAUGAGCGAAGACAAGCUGUGCAUCGAAAUGCUGGGUGCUGGUCAAGAAGUGGGCCGGAGCUGUUGUGUUAUUACAUUCAAGGGUUUUACGAUCGUGUGUGAUGCUGGCGUUCAUCCUGCACAUACGGGCCUGACGGCGUUGCCGUUUAUUGAUAACUUGGACUGGAGUACCGUGGAUGCUCUGCUGAUCACCCAUUUUCAUCUGGAUCACGCUGCGGCGCUAACGUACAUUAUGGAAAAGACUAACUUUUGUGACGGCAAAGGCAAGGUGUACAUGACCCAUCCUACCAAGGCUAUUUACCGUUUUCUUAUGUCCGACUUUGUGCGCAUAUCAAAUGCUGGUUCAGAUCGUAUGCUGUUCGAUGAAUCUGAGAUGCUCGCCUCUUGGCGUCAGAUCGAGGCGGUCGACUAUCACCAAGAGGUGGUGUUGGGCGGUGGAUUCCGGUUCACCCCCUACCAUGCCGGACAUGUGCUCGGCGCCUGUAUGUUUAUGAUCGAAAUGGCAGGCUUGCGCGUGCUUUAUACGGGCGAUUAUAGCCGCGAAGAAGACCGGCAUCUUGUUCAGGCCGAAGUGCCACCCGUCCGGCCUGACGUGCUGAUCUGCGAGAGCACAUACGGCACUCAGAGUCUGGAGCCGCGACUCGACAAGGAGAUGCGCUUCACCGCCUUGAUACACAGUAUUAUCAAUCGUGGUGGACGCGUUUUACUGCCCGUGUUUGUGUUAGGCCGUGCUCAAGAGUUGUUGCUCUUACUUGACGAGUACUGGGAAGCCCAUCCUGAGCUGCAUUCUGUUCCGAUUUACUACGCUUCAUCGCUUGCGCGGAAAUGCAUGUCCAUCUACCAAACAUAUAUUCACACGAUGAAUCAACACAUCCGGACGCGUUUUCACCGGCGCGACAACCCAUUUGUGUUCAAGCACGUAAGCAACCUACGCAGCCUCGACAAAUUCGACGACAAGGGCCCUUGUGUGAUGAUGGCCAGUCCUGGAUUCAUGCAAAGUGGUAUAUCGCGUGAACUACUUGAGCGAUGGGCGCCAGACAAGCGAAAUGGUGUGAUUGUGAGUGGGUACUCGGUCGAAGGUACCAUGGCACGAGAUAUCCUCAGUGAUCCGGACGACAUUGUCGCGAUGAAUGGCCAGCGCAUCCCCCGCCGCAUGUCAGUGGACUAUAUCUCGUUUUCGGCGCACGUCGACUAUACGCAAAACUCGCGCUUUAUUGAUCAAGUGAAGGCGAAGCAUGUGGUGCUUGUGCAUGGUGAACUCAAAAAUAUGACGGGUCUACGUGCUGCCUUGCAAAGUCGGUACUCGGAUCGUGAAGAGGACGUCAACAUUUAUAUGCCCCGUAACUGUGAGCCCCUGUAUUUGUCAUUUCGUGCCGAUCGUACAGCGAAGGUCAUUGGCUCCCUGGCAAAACAUCCGCCUAAAGCGAACGAAACGAUCGAUGGCCUGCUCGUCGCCAAGGACUUUUCAUACACGGUUCUCGCCCCCGAAGAUCUGACCGAAUUUACUGGUUUGAGUACAAGCACCAUUGUACAAAGGCAGCGUGUUGCCCUGAAUGUGGGCUGGGAGCUUGCACGAUGGCAUCUUGAAGGCAUGUAUGGUCGUGUCGACGAGGGUGUCGAUGAGCAAGGCUACCGAUGCAUGCGCAUAAUGAGCGUGGUUGACAUUAAGCAGGUGCGCCAAGAUAUGCUCGUACUAGAAUGGGAGUCGAGUGUGUCAAACGACAUGGUCGCCGACUCGGUGAUGGCCCUACUACUCAGCAUUGACAGUUGCCCCGCCACAGUGAAGAUGACGAUGCACGAUCACGUCUGCCAACACGCAGCGCCACCACCCCCCUCGGGCGAGUCACAUAUCAAUACGCUGGAAUCGCUCUUUGCUGUACUUGAGGCGCACUUUGGCGACGUGGAAAUGCUGGACAUUGGGAACUGCGCUCAUGAAGAGGUGCCCAACGAUGCGAGUCCUACCGAUCGCCUAUGUGCUACGAUUCCUUCGCCAGUGCGCCCAGGUGUCAAGGUGGCCUUGGACGAUGAGCCGGCCAUUGUAUCGCUGGAUGACAUGGUCGUAUACUGCGAAACUGAAUCCCUCAAGCACCGUGUCGAGCGUCUCGUUGCCAUGGUGCGCUCCGCGAGCACACCCAUCGUGGACGCCUUUCAUCUCACGCCGGCAUGCUCAUCCAUGCUCUUCCAGGGUAAGCACAACCAAGUCAAACUAGAGCAAAAUGAUACGAAGGAUAUACCCCGCAUGCAAAUUACACAAUAG